ACGAGGAGGAAGGGGAGGCGGGAUUCGAGCAUGGAAGAGGAGGACGGCGACGACGAUGCACGGUGGUGGAUCGGAGGGAACUUGUAUGGCGAUCCGGUAUGAAGGACAGCAUCUCCCAACCCGGAUCGUCUCCCGCCUUCCAUCACCAUUCAAUUCACCACGAUCAACAAUCACCGAAAACCCGUCUUGGAAGCUUCGGUGGAGCCGUCUUCCUUUGUUCACACGCGGCUCGACCUGGUCGCAGAGGAGGUGAGCCAACUUGAUCGAUGGCAGUCUCACUUCCCAUCAUCAUAGGCGUUUCCUUCCAUCGUAAUGGCCGACCCAUCCGACAUUCCACCACGAUACCGCAGCUGGCGAGAAGAGCUCAACACACGAGAGAUGGAGCUGGAAACUUGGCAUUCUGAGCUUGACGAGCGGCAACGGAGAUGUGACUUGGACAAGAGAAGUUUGCACCUUCAACUCCUCGAACAGGCCGAGCUCGCUGCCGACCUGACCGCUAGGGAAGAGUUCUUGAAUAUGCAGACGGCAGAAUUGGGAAAGCAGCAAGAAUACGUUCGACAAGAGCAGCGCGCCCUAAGCAAGGCGCAGGAUCUGCUGUUUCACGAGAGAGGUUCUCUGGCUGAGCAAGACAGGAUGCUUGCGAGACAGCAGGUAGAGAUUAAUCGUCGCGCAACGGAUCUGGACAAACGGCAAAGGUCAACGGAGACGUUGAUGGUACGAUUGAGGGAGGACGAGAAGCUUGUUCAAGAAGGUAUUGCAGAACUCCGAGGACUUGAGCGGGAGGUUGCUGAGCGCACAGCCGCUUGUGCGCGCCGGGAAGCAGAUGUCCACCAGGCUCAAGCGGACGCUCGACAGUUUCUCCAGAGAUCGCGAUCCGAGUUGGCUAGAGUCGAAGCGAGGGACAUGGCCGAGGAUGCCCAGAGUCGAAGUUCUGCUGGAUGGCGAAGCCCUGCUAGCUCGGAGGAGCAGGGUUGGGACAGUUCGGAGGAGUCCAGCGAGGUCGGCUCUUUUCGCCGUCCUCGCAACCUGGCCCGGGAGAUGCCACCGAGUGAAGCGAGCGACUCGCCGCAUGGGCCGCUUGUCCGCAUUACGGGUACGCCUGAGAACGAGGAGGACCCUGCCGAUGGCUCCGAUGCCUACGAAUCCGAUGAUCGAUGCCCAAAGGACACUCCAUCCCGCUUUGUAACUGCAGCACAACUUGUCGCGUUGUGGCAGCAGACUCCUCUCCUCAUCAACCGCAAGAUCCGCCGCAGCAGCAUCUGGCCGGCCAUGCGACAUUGCGCGCGGCACUACCAACGUAGCUGGCGUGUUGACCGGCCAGCUCUGCCGAAUACACUCCCUCCCAUGCCGGUGGUAGGGAGUAGCAUCAACCUUGACGAUAUGACCGUGGAGACUGAAGAAGCGUUCGAUCGGUGGUGGGUCGAGAUGGGUCGGGCGGACCAGCAGGAUAUGGCGGCGGAACGACGGCUCUUGGCGCGGUAUGAGGAGAUGUGUAAAGCUGGAUAA